AUGGGUAUCGGAAAUACAGAGAAGAACAAGUUCAGCAAAGCCCUCGCAAAGGCGAAAUCAAUUCUGGAGGGUCUCGUCAAGAUUCCUGGCUACACGGACAGAAAGAUCAUCAUCAAGCAAUUUCUACCAGACGGUUCCGAUUCGAUCAAAAGAAGCGUUAGAACUCCGUUUGCUUACAAAUUCGUCGGCAAAGACUUUGUUGAGAGAGAAAUCGACAACAAUGAUGAAAUAUCUGAAGAUGAUUUCAAAGCGAAAACCCCACUUCACAUGAACCUACCUUACAGACCCAAAAACAUCCUUCAACCAACGAUCAGCGGCAACAUCUGGACUGCCUCCGUAGAUCUCACCGAACUGCCAACAGAACCGUCGGACAUCCGCGUCGGAGUCGACCUAACAAAGAAACUCAUCAUUCCCCAAGGAAAAUACGCACAGACAAUCGUUCGACCAGAUGGCGUUAAAGUCAGCUCUUCGACUGCCUGGUCGAAGGAAAUUCAAAUCCCAGACAUUGUCCAGAUCAAGCCAUCGAUCAAGCUUCAGGGUAAAAUUUUGAAAAUCGAAUGCGAACUCAAGCCCGAAUUUCAAGCAAUCAAGCAACCCGACAAUUCAAUCAACAACGAACCCAACUCUUCUGGACAAGCUCUCAAAGUCGUCGAAGCAGGCGAGGGAGGAGCUUUUAGCCCUUCUGCUGUCCUUCCAAUUGCUUCCGAGGGUCUCAAAGUUGGAAUCCCUCGAAAUCCGAACGCGCCUUUUUCCUCUCCGAUCGGUUACCAAGUCCCACUUGUUGUCACCCCAGGAAAUCAACCCAAAUCCUUGUUCACUCCCGAAGAAGAAUCUGUCCUGGAAGCGAGCUAUAAUAACUACGAUAACACUCUUUCGGAGCACGAAAUAGAAAAAUUAACAUCAAUGCUGAAUAAAAGUAGAGCACACAUUAUCAAUUGGUUCCAACAGCGAGCAAUGAAGCGGACCACCAUCCAAGCGGACGAUGGAGUAACAAUAACCGACAAGAAAAAGAUGAUUCUCGAAGAGUUCUUCGCCGAGAACAAUUUUCCAGAUAAAGAGAAAAUCAUUAACAUCUGCAGCAAAACUGGAUUGCUUGAGAAGGUGGUCUGGGCGUGGUUCAGGAACGGAUUUCUUCUUGUUUCUUUUUGA